AUGACCACAUACCCCCUACAACAACAACCACAAACCACAGCACCAACAACAACAACCACAGCACCAACAACAACGACCACAGCACCACCUACAACAACAACCACAGCACCAACAACAACCACAGCACCAACAACAACGACCACAGGACCCACUACACCAAGUCCAGCCCUUACAACUAGAUUCGUGACUUUCAGAUCACUUCUUGACAAUUUCACAAAUGACUUGCUGGAUCCAUCAUCACCAGGCUUUCGAGCCCGAGCAGCCGACAUAAAGAGACAGCUUGAACCCCGCUACCGGAGUGAGUUUCCUGGUUCUUUCCGCGCCUUGCAGGUGGUGUCCUUCAGACGUGGAUCAAUCAUCAACACCAUGGACCUACAAUUUGUAGAAACAUCUGUUCCUGACAACUCUGCGGUUCGGGAUGUUUUGAUCACUGCAGCUUCAGAGGUUAAAGGCUUUGACAUUGAAGGCAGCUCCAUCACUGUUGAAACAUCUUCAACAACAACCACAACCACCCCACUGACUACAACGACAGCACCAAUAACAACUACGACCACAGCACCAACAACGACCACAGCACCAACCACCGUUGGCAGCUCUUCAAGCAUAGUGAGCCACAAGAUCAGUCUCCUCACUGCAUCCUGCCUGGUGCUGUUUUCAUGGCUGCUGACAAGCCAGCAAUAGCGUCUAUGCUGACUUCAAUUAUCUAUCCGACCACCUAAUAGUCAAUAGAACAUGACUGUCAUCACUGGUUUGAAAAGGGACUUUGCUGUCAGUAAAAUAUCCAGCAUUCAUUGUUAUUUUAGGUGUUGUGGCUUCAAAUGAACUUGCUUUCUGACAAUGGAUAACUUGACUUCUGACAUUUAAUUAGAUAUUGCACGUUUCUUUUUGUGAAUGUCCAGGAUUCUGGUCCAGACAAAAUAACAAAGCCCACUGUCAUUCUGUGUUCACACUUCCAAAAGUUACAAGAGCAUAGAAAAUAAAAAUGUCUGAGAACAGGCAGCUACAUUGACUUGAUUGUUCAAACACUGGUUUACUGUAGUGAUCCAUUUAAAAAUUAGCUGUUGGAAUAUGCACACGUGAUCUUGACACGUCAUCACAUCAUUAGAAGCCCUGAUAUGAAGCAUGUCAUGUCUGACAUGUAGCAACAAUAGCUAGUUGUGAAUUUAUGCUGCUGGUGUGAACUCAUAAGCAGUUGGUACCUUGAAAAAUCUCAACAAUAAUAAAGCUAACAUUACUUGUUAAAAUGUUAUUGAAAAGAUGCUCCUGUUCUACCUUAAUUAUUAUAGUAUAUUAUAAUUAUCUCAACUCAUUCUGUCGUUUCCAAAUGCAGUUCUAUUUUCGUUUAGCAUAAUAUCAGAAUGGGGGGUCAAACACAUUGAUAUAAUAUAUAGAUUUACUGAUAGUCAUGGCAUACAUACGUCAUGAGAAUGCUUUAUUUAAUUUUCAAGUAUUUAUUUACUCAUACAGGUCUGUAUUCUGUGUAAUUUUCUUCUAGCCUGUGUAAUCUAUGUCUUUCCAAUGACCAGAACGCAUGAUCCUGCAUAUAAAAUGUCUUAUUUUUCUUCUAUUCUGGUGGAUUAGGAAUAAGUGGAUUAGACUGAAGUUCAUGGACUAAUGAAAACCCCAGUGAAGUUCACAUGAAAUAAAUGCCAUUCAUAAAUGUUAUUUUUCUCUUUAAUUUAUUCUUGUACAAAACAAUAAGAGGUGAAUAAAAAAAAAAGUGAAUGAUAAA